GACGAUCCCUGAUUGGUCACUCGAAGUCUCUUCUCGCGCGAAGGCCAUCGUUUCCGUGGCAAGACCUUCAAGGAAAUCAGGGGAACCCGAAGUUUUUUUGCCGCAUGCGGCUUUAUUACGGUGAAUAAAGUGGCAAAUUGUCAGCCAUGCUCCCCAGAAUCCAAUCUGUGGCCAUCUUGGUCGACCUUGGCUGUCAUGUGCAGAAAUUGUCUGUAAGAUGCAGCCGGGGCUUCAAACAACCUGCAAGGAACUUCUGUGCCAAAGCUGAAGAGAAAGUUGUCUCUGGAACUCCCUACAACAAACUGACAGUUGGUGUGCCAAAAGAAACCUUUCCCAAUGAGCGCAGGGUUGCCAUUUCGCCUGCUGCAGUACAGACACUGGUGAAGAAAGGAUGGAACGUGAAUAUUGAGGAUGGAGCUGGUGUUGAGUCCAAGUUUACCAACAAGAACUUUGAGGACGCUGGAGCGAAAAUCACUUCAAUGAAAGAUACAUUUCACUCUGACAUUAUUCUCAAGGUUAGGCCACCGCUAGAGGCAGAAAUUCCCCAGUUUAGGCAAAAUGGAACACUGAUCAGUUUUCUGUACCCUCAGCAGAACCCAGAUUUAGUUAAAAAGCUUGCUGAUCAAAAGCUGACAUCAUUUGCAAUGGACAAAGUGCCACGUAUCUCUAGAGCCCAAGUAUUUGAUGCCUUGUCCUCUAUGGCCAACAUCUCCGGUUACAAGGCGGUGAUUGAGGCAGCCAACAAUUAUGGAAGAUUCCUUGGAGGUCAGAUCACAGCUGCUGGCAAAGUCCCGCCUGCAAAGGUAUUUAUCAUCGGUGGAGGCGUAGCCGGUCUAGCUGCUGCUGGGGCUGCCAAGAAUCUAGGGGCCAUAACACGCCUGUAUGAUGUUAGACCCGCAGUGAAGGAGCAGGCUGAAUCUCUUGGCGCAGAGUUUUUGGAAGUUUCUGUCAAGGAAUCUGGUGCAGCAGCGGGUGGCUAUGCUAAGGACAUCAAGGAGAUGUCUUCAGAGUUCCAGGAUGCUGUGAAGGCUCUCUACGCCAAACAGUGUGAAGAGGUGGACAUCAUCAUCACUACCGCACUCAUUCCCGGCAAAAAGGCACCCAUCCUUAUCACUAAGGAAAUGGUGGAGACGAUGAAGCCAGGCUCGGUGCUGGUGGACCUUGCCGCAGAGGCAGGUGGAAAUAUAGAGACAACCAAGCCGGGAGAGCUGUAUCGUUACAAGGACGUGGUCCACAUCGGAUACUCUGACCUGCCCUCCCGUCUUCCCACGCAGUCAUCUACACUGUAUGGAAACAACAUCACCAAGCUGCUUCUGUCUAUGGGUGAGAAGGAUCAUUUCAACAUAAAUCUUGAAGAUGAGGUUGUCCGUGGAAGUAUUGUCACCCACAAUGGUGAGAUCCUGCCUCCUGCCCCACCCCCGCAGCUAGAUGCCGCCGUCGAGGCUAAGCCCAAGGCUGUUGGAAUCACACCCCCAGUACCAGUAGACCCGAAAACCCAAACCUUCAAUACCUCCCUGCGAUAUACCGCAGGGCUGGGAACAAUGCUUGGUCUAGGGGUAGUGUCGCCUAACCCCGCCUUUACAACCAUGGUGACCACAUUUGGCCUGGCUGGCAUUGUUGGAUACUACACUGUAUGGAAUGUAACGCCCGCCCUUCACUCACCCCUGAUGUCUGUCACCAAUGCCAUCUCCGGUAUCACAGCCGUAGGUGGUAUGCUGCUCAUGUCCAAAGGUUACUACCCAACAAACACUGUGGAGUCAUUGGCAGCCCUCGCUUGUUUCAUCUCUAGUAUCAACAUUGGCGGAGGCUUUACAGUCACACAGAGAAUGUUGGACAUGUUUAGGAGGCCAGGUGACACAGAGUACAACUAUUUAUAUGGUAUACCGGCCGGGGCUUUCCUGGCAGGGUACGGAGGACUAGCAGCAACAGGACAGUACCCAGAUAUUCACCAGAUGACGUACCUAGCUGCCUCCCUGUGCUGUGUUGGGGCACUGACUGGUCUCUCAUCACAGAAAACAUGUAGACUAGGAAAUGCAUUGGGUAUGAUAGGAGUAUCAUCAGGCCUGGCAGCCACCAUUGGCAUUCUGGCUCCAACUGCUGAAUCCUUCGCCCAGAUGGCUGCCUGUGUGGGCACAGGUGCUUUAAUUGGUGUUGUGGGCGGUAAGAAGGUGGAGGUCACAGAUCUGCCCCAGAUGGUUGCCCUGUUCCACAGCCUGGUUGGUGCUGCUGCGGUUGUCACCUGUAUUGCAAACUUCAUGGCUGAGCACGCCCAUAUGGCCACCGACCCUGCAGCUGGAGUCAUGAAGACAGCGCUGUACCUGGGAACAUACAUUGGUGGCGUCACUUUCACUGGCUCACUAGUUGCCUUUGGAAAACUGCAGGGUGUGUUGAAAUCUAACCCCACUAUUCUGCCCGGUCGUCACUUGAUGAAUGGGGGUAUGAUGGCCACCAACAUCGGAGCGUAUGGCUACUUUAUGAUGGACAGUGCCUACUCUGCUGGGCUCGCAGCGCUCGCAACUACCACAACACUGUCUAGUGUGAUGGGCGUAACCCUUACCAUGGCCAUCGGAGGUGCGGACAUGCCUGUCGUGAUCACUGUACUGAACAGUUACUCUGGCUGGGCGCUGUGUGCCGAGGGCUUUAUGUUGAACAACAAUCUCAUGACAGUAGUAGGAGCUCUGAUUGGCUCAUCUGGAGCUAUCCUCUCCUAUAUCAUGUGCAAGGCAAUGAACAGGUCCCUUGCCAAUGUCAUUCUUGGAGGUACAAACAUCGGCACAAAGUCUCACGCUGGUGGCAAGCCAAUGGAAAUUACAGGCACCCACACAGAAACUGACGUUGCUGGCUGCACCGAUUACAUUGCCAACGCAAAAAACAUCAUCAUCGUACCAGGCUAUGGUCUGUGUGUGGCGAAAGCUCAGUACCCAAUUGCAGAGAUGGUGGAUUACCUGAGAAAGAAGGGGAAGAAUGUCCGAUUUGGCAUCCACCCUGUUGCUGGGCGUAUGCCUGGUCAACUGAACGUGCUACUGGCUGAGGCUGGAGUACCCUAUGAUGUUGUACUAGAAAUGGACGAACUGAAUGAUGAUUUCCCCGAGACCGACCUUGUCCUGGUUAUCGGCGCUAAUGACACUGUAAACUCAGCUGCCGAGGAAGACCCCAACUCAAUCAUCGCCGGCAUGCCCGUCCUCCGUGUCUGGAACUCCAAACAGGUUGUAGUCAUGAAAAGAUCACUUGGUGUAGGCUACGCUGCUGUUGACAACCCAAUCUUCUUCAAGGACAACACAAACAUGUUGCUAGGUGACGCAAAGAAGACGUGCGACGCCCUUUUGACCAACGUCCGGACUUACUAUGGAGAUUAACAACUAGAGUAAUUAGGACAAAAUUCGCUUACAAGCUAGUUUCUGAACUGACUUAUGGCAAUUGACAGCUAUGGAUGAAUAGGGAAGAUGAUUUUAUUUGACUUUAUAUUUUUCAAGUAUUAACAUCAGUCAUCUAUUUAUAGUAGUAAAUAUGUGUAUUUAAAUUUCUAUUUAAGUCAUUUAUUAAACACUCUUUUGGUGUCUUAGCUUACAAUUUGUACUGUUUAUCUUAAUCAUGAUUUUUUGUGAACAAUUUGUGUGUCUAUUUUCAUAAGCUUGCAGAAUAUUUAUUUUUUUUAACUUGUGGAAAAAGAUUAAAUAGAUUUGAUGAAGUUGAUGUUUGCCUUAUUUGCUAAGCAUUUACAAAGUGAGAAACAUGUUGUAGCUCAUACUGAUAUAUAAUCUUGAGGAGUUUGGUUGUUUAUCUGGAAAACAUGAAUAACAUGUAAUAGGGUAGAUCCCUAUAUUGUAAAUACAAUGACAGUUAAAUUUUUACUAGCUUUGUUAACAAUGCUUAACUAUUGUGAUAAACUGUAAUCAUGUGCUCACAACAAGUGUGUAUUUAUGUGCUAGGAUCUUUCUAGGCAUUCUAGGCAAUUCCAGUUAUUGAUGACAUUAACAGUUACUAAUAAAAAAGCAUUUUGCAUAAAAUCUGUGUACACUGUAGUGAAACUUGAGAAUUUGUCUUUGGUUUUCACAGUUUUGAUGUGCUGCCGAAUUGAAUAAAAAAGUUAUAGAAUAAAA